UAAUCUGUGCUGACGAAGAUAGUGUCCUAAAAAACAAAAGAGGCAAAAGCAGAGAAAGCUUCAAAAUGUCUGUAACAGCAACACACAUGAACACGAUCAAUCACUUGUCAGCAUCAUGUAAAACCCCCAAUCUCCAGCUACCCAUCUGCUCCGUUCGCAGAUUCGCUCUACCUUGUCCUCGUAAACCCAACUAUUCUCUGUCUCAGUUGCUUCCCAAAUCUCUAAAUGGCUCCUCCCCUCUCAAUCGAAGAUCGAGAUUCAACACUCGCAAACGCUUAUCCGUUUCCAUGGAGUGGCAAGACUGCACAGUGAAGAUGGAAGUAGAUAUUCCAGUAUCAGUAGCGUAUAACUUCUACUUGGAUCGUGAGUCUUUCCCCAAGUGGAUGCCUUUCAUUUCAUCCGUUGAGGUGUUAAAGGACAAGCCUGAUCUAUCACGUUGGUCACUCAAGUACAAUGCUUUUGGCCAAGACAUCAAGUAUUCUUGGCUUGCUCGCAAUCUUCAGCCUACUCCUAAUCAGAAAAUCCAUUGGAGAUCUCUUGAAGGUCUUCCUAAUAAAGGAAGUGUUCGGUUCUUCCCUAAAGGUCCUUCAUCUUGCCUCGUUGAGCUAACUGUAUCAUAUGAAGUCCCUGCGCUUUUAACCCCCGUGGCAUCGGCGCUCCGGCCCUUUUUAGAAACCUUGCUUAGAGGUGGACUUGAAAGAUUUGCAACACUGGCUAAAACCACUUAAAGAAAAGGAAUCUGUAUGUAUGCAUCAUCUCUGUGUCUUUCUGAUUCUGGGCUUUAAGAAUAUCUCUUGGUAUAUAAAUGAUUGUCCUCAUGAUUAAGGAGGGCUUGUUUACUGUGACUUUUUUAUUCUUAAAGUUAAUAAUCUUUAUAACUCUUAUUAGCAGAACUUUUGGUUUA